CAGACCAGCAAGCACAGAACAUAGGUUAGACCUGCUGACAGCACUGCCCCACCCCCUUCUUUAAUCCUGUCUGCCUUGCGUCAAGAUAGGACCCCUCCCUGAGCCUUUGUAUCUCCAGCCCUAUGAGCAUCUCAGCUGUUGUGCCACAGGUGGCAUCGUUUUAUACCAAAGCUGCUGUGUGGUGAAAAAAAAAAAAUAUUGCUGUUCUGAAGUUUAUGGAAUAGAAAAAACUGUGAAAGUGCUGAAAGCCCAGCAUUGCUGGAACAUUACAAAGGAUGGCAGAAGGAGAUAUCACCACUUUCAGCGCUGUAACUGAGAAGUUUAAACUCCCAAUGGGAAACUACAAGCAACCAAGACUUCUAUACUGCAGAAAUGGAGGAUUCUUCUUGCGCUUACUUCCAGAUGGAGUGGUGGAUGGAACAAGAGACAGAGAUGACCUCAACAUUCAGUUGCAGUUAAGUGCAGAAAGCAUUGGUGUGGUUUAUAUCAAGAAUGCUGAUACUGAGAAUUACUUGGCUAUGAACGAAAAUGGUAUUUUAUAUGGAUCAAUGACAAUGAAUGAAGAAUGCCUGUUUUUGGAGACUAUAGAGGAGAAUAACUACAAUACAUACAAGUCAAAAAAAUACUCUGAUUCAAACUGGUUUGUUGGCAUUAAGAAGAAUGGGACAUGCAAACGUGGUUCACGGACUCACUAUGGCCAAAACGCCAUCCUGUUCCUUCCAUUAUCAGUGUCAAGUGACUAGAGAUUUUCAGCCAGCCCCGACGACUGAUCUGCUUUCAAAUUCAUACUGUUACAUGUUAUUUGUGGUAUUGCUGUAAACUAUUAUAUUGUACUUAAGGCCAAAUCAGUGUAUUAACAGGAAGCGCUUACAAAACCCCAAUCUUACAGUGUGGCAUUUUCAUCCCAACUGCAGUAUUUAUGGCCAUGCUGACUAUAGUCUGGGGAAAACCACUUUAUAAAUUCAUUAAAAGCAUGGGGCACAGGAUGCUAAGCAUUACAAAAAAACAAAUCUUUGCUAUUGUGUUAUUGAUGGUGAAAUAGCUGUGAAAAAUAACAAAUGAUUAGGCUAUUCUAAUGUCUAAUGAACCAGUGGCCUUAAUUCAUCAGGCUGCAAUCUCGCUUAAAGCCUCGUACACACGACCAAGUUUCUCGGCAAAAA